AUGAAGGUUGAGCUGCGCGGCGUCCAGAUGACAUCCGGACCCGAUGUCAAUGGGGCCAACGAGCUCGAGUGCGAGCCCAAGUUCGUGCAGUUAGGCCUGGCAGGUCGACGUAAGAGGACCGCCAUCCGCAGCAGCGCCAAACCGUUCUGCCCGGCCUCCGCCACCGCCUAUGUGUCCAGUGGUGAGUCCACCGCAAGCGGAGGGGACUCCGACAGUGCAACGGAGGUAAACCCCGGCAGCGUGGGGCAUCCUUGGCUCUGCAAAAGGCCUUGCGUGCAUGUGGCCGCCCAUCGGGGGAUCUGCCCGCACGGCAGCAACUGCAGCUACUGCCACCUCUCGCACCCGCAGAGGCGCUCCAACUUCGACAAGAGGCAGCGCGAGUUUCUCCGGUCCCUGAAUGACCAAGAGACGCUCACGGUUCUGCUGCCCCAGCUGCGUGUGAAGGCCGCCCAGAUGUCCUCCCAGGCCUAUGAGGUGGUGGAGCUGGUGGAGAAGCAACUGGAGGUCUUGGGCGGCGUCAAGGCUCCAGAGCACCUGCCACAGCACUUCACCGCUGCCUUGGAACAAAUGAACUUCGCCUGGCUCAUCACGAUCUCGCCCUGCAAGGAGGAUCCGGAGGUGGUCAAGGCUAUUGAGCUCCUGCGAAGUUUCGCCCGGUAG